UGUCCCUUCUCUUCCCAUUCCCCUACCCCCUUCUCACCACGUAUUCAUGACCUGCCUGCUGUACUCUCCUCCUCUCCUCUUCCAUUUCUCUCUCUCUCUCUCUCUCUCUCUCUCUCUCUCUCUCUCUCUCUCUCUCUGCCCUACUACCCUCUCAACUCCCCUCCCCAUGCCCUGAAUGAACUCAACUCUAUAUAUAUACCAUCUUGUGGCUGGUCCCUCAGGGGGAAGGGAUGUCUCAGCAUGGGCCUGUUGAGCACCCCCCUUUCCUCAGAACUCCAUAGAACAUAAUCCCCCCUCACUUUAUCCUUGUAUUAACACAACAUUGAGUAUAUUCUGAACGAGGUGACAAAGCACGUUUAUUACCAAAUCUGUUCGCUCGCUCCCUUGAAUUCUCUCUUCCCACAAGGUCACGUGGUUUUCAGUUACUAACACCUGUAGAGGGGUUACCCAGGGAGGAGUGGCGAAGGGAGGAACCUAUAGUCCAUAGGUGCUCCAAUUACCACCCUGUCACUGACAGUGGGCACCAGAGCCUCUGUCCUGGGUACACCAGCAGCAUGGGCUGCUCCCUGCAAGAAAACACACAGUUUUCUUCAUGCACCAUCCCUCUGGUCAUUUAAGACUAUUCCAAAAGGCUGAGUGUACACUGUUCCAAUCAGAAAAGGGGUCCCUGAAAAGUCCUCGCUGCCUGCUACCAUGAGCUGGAAACGAAGGUCUUGCUCUGCUUUGGGAAGAUUAGAAACUUCUCAGGAUAGUAGCAUCCUGAAACCAGCAGCUAUCCUGGGGGAGCCUGUGCUGCUUCGAGCUCAGACAUCCCCAGCAAGGCCUCAGUCUUCAGGGGAGCCCGGCCUUCAGAGCGUGGAGCCCCCCAUCUGGCUGCUGCGGGAAUGCCUCACUCGAGAACGAAUGCGCAGCCACUCGGUCAGCGCCCAAGAGCCCACACACAGGAGAACGCCUCUGCGCCACGCAGACCUAGUCCAAAACCUGAGGGCUGAAAAGAUCGAACAGCAAGUGACUCUGGGAGAGCUACGACGCUUAAAAGCACUCUUUCAGGAACAUGAGAAGAGAGGAAGCCAGCUGCUAGAUAUGGAAACGUUCAAAUGCAUAAUGAAGCAGAGUAUGAGGUCCCAUGGCAAAAGUAUCGGGCAAAUAGAACAACUCUUCAUGAAAGUCGACUGCGAGGCCGUGGGGAGAAUCACGUGGGAUACUUUCUGCACAUACCUGCAGCUUGAGUACUCAGAGCAAGCUAAGGCUGCCGCUCGGCAGGCAGAGGCCUCUCUCCUGCUGCCUGCUGUUCAGCAGAGGCUGACACAUGGGAGACCCGUGCUGCGCAUUCUCUCUCUGCCCGAUGACACCUUAAUCACCAUCCGAGAAGAUGGCGCUAUUUAUUUCUGGUCCCUGCAGCUGAAGCUGAAGAGGAAAAAGCCGAUUUUUCGCAAGUCCACCAGCCAGAAGUCCCGAUGGGUGACAGACAUUGUCAGCAUGCCACAGUACAACAAAGUAAUCAUUGGGACCGGGAGCCGGGAGUUGCAGCUGCAUGAGCUCUCGAACUUGGAGCCUUACUGUCAGAUCCGUGGCCUGGAAGCUGUGCCCCUGAAACUGGACUACUGGUAAGAAAGUCCAUUCUAGGGAGGCUGCCUGUGGGUGGCUCGCCCCCAGGCACUAGGAACUGUUCCUUGGACAGCACUCGCUAACGCUCCACCUAGCAUGAUCCCACCAUGUCACACGUCCCGGUGAUGCUUAGCUGAGGGACUGUCCUUCACCAGCAGAGAGAUGACCACCAAAGAGCCAAAAGUGGUGGUCAUGGGCCUUGAAUCAUGCUUGAGGCAGAGGCAGGUGGAUCUCUGUGAGUUCAAGGCCAGCCUGUUCUACAGAUCGAGUUCCAGGACACCAGAGGCUACACACACACACACACACACACACACACACACACACACACUGAAUCAAAAAACAAACAAACAAAUAAAAGAACCAAAACUGA